GCUGACGACGGCGGCGGCGCAGCGGCGGCUUUGCUCUUUAAAUUGAUCGCAAAGCCGAUUACAGCUGAUCUCUCACGUGAUAUUUCUCCUUCUGGAUCCUGGGCUGGGGUGGGGGCGCAGAAAGAAGGAACUGAGAACCUGGCGAGCUUUUACUGGGAAGAGCCAGCGAAAAAGCGCGCCUCGCAGAACUUUUCUGGCUGAAGGGUAUGUGAGGGAGAGAGUCCGUAACGAGCAGCGAGAGAUGCGCCAGGCGCCCAAUGUUAGACCGAGGAGCCUGGAGCUGCUCAGGAUCGAAAGGUAGAAGCCCAGCUCUGGGAAGCAAUAGCGCCCAAGUAAGAGGGCAUCGGCAGGCAGCACCACCACCACGCAGAACUGAAGGCAGCGCUGGCGCGGGGGUCCUCCUCAACGGCGCGCCACAGCGGAGGGCGGUUGGCUAGGAUUGUAGCCCUCCCCCCGCCUUCGCCGUCAAGAGAAGCCGCGCUCAUGCGGCGCUUUGGCUGCCGCUCUGCGACGGGCUCCCGCUGAAGGGAAGGUGACAACAAGGCGCCCCUGGCCCGUGUGGACGACGCCACCAGCGCUGGAGGCAACAUGCAGAAGAGUGUGCGCUACAACGAGGGGCACGCCCUAUACCUGGCCGUGCUGGCUCGUAAGGAGGGCACCAAGCGCGGUUACCUGAGCAAAAAGACGGCGGAGACGAGCCGCUGGCAUGACAAGUGGUUCGCGCUCUACCAGAACAUGCUCUUCUACUUCGAGAGCGAGCAGAGCUCCCGGCCCGCGGGCAUGUACAUGCUGGAAGGCUGCAGCUGCGAGAGGGCGCCGGCCCCCAAGGGCGCCUCUGCCGUCUGCGCCAAGGACGCUACCCUGGACAAGCAGUACUAUUUUACUGUCCUCUUUGGCCAUGAAGGACAGAAGCCGCUGGAGCUCCGUUGUGAGGAAGAAGCAGAUGGAGAAGAAUGGGUAGAGGCUAUUCACCAAGCCAGCUAUUCAGAUAUUCUGAUUGAGCGGGAAGUAUUAAUGCAGAAAUAUAUACAUCUAGUUCAGAUUGUAGAGACUGAAAAGAUUUCAGCCAAUCAGUUACGACAUCAGCUUGAAGAUCAAGACACGGAAAUUGAAAGGCUUAAAUCAGAGAUUGUAGCUCUUAAUAAAACUAAAGAACGAAUGCGACCUUAUCAAGGUAACCAAGAAGAAGAAGAUCCUGACAUUAAAAAAAUCAAAAAGGUUCAGAGUUUUAUGCGAGGUUGGCUGUGUAGAAGAAAAUGGAAGACAAUUGUCCAGGAUUAUAUUUGUUCUCCGCAUGCAGAAAGUAUGCGAAAGAGGAAUCAGAUUGUUUUCAACAUGGUUGAGGCUGAAUCAGAAUACGUACAUCAACUUUACAUCCUUGUGAAUUGUUUUUUAAGGCCGUUAAGAAUGGCUGCUAGUUCAAAGAAACCACCAAUUAAUCAUGAUGAUGUCAGUAGCAUAUUCCUCAACAGUGAGACUAUAAUGUUUCUUCAUGAAAUAUUUCAUCAAGGAUUAAAAGCAAGAAUAGCAAACUGGCCUACUUUAAUUUUAGCUGAUUUGUUUGAUAUCCUGCUACCUAUGCUGAAUAUUUACCAAGAAUUUGUUCGGAAUCACCAAUACAGUCUCCAAGUGCUUGCAAACUGCAAGCAGAACAGAGAUUUUGACAAACUCUUAAAGCAAUAUGAAGCCAAUCCUGCGUGUGAGGGCAGAAUGCUUGAAACAUUCCUUACCUACCCCAUGUUUCAGAUUCCUAGAUAUAUAAUAACCCUCCAUGAACUUCUGGCUCAUACACCGCAUGAACAUGUAGAAAGAAAAAGCCUUGAAUUUGCAAAAUCUAAGCUAGAAGAACUUUCAAGAGUGAUGCAUGAUGAAGUGAGUGACACAGAGAACAUACGGAAAAAUCUGGCAAUAGAAAGAAUGAUAGUAGAGGGGUGUGAUAUAUUAUUGGACACCAGUCAAACUUUUAUACGACAAGGUACUCUUAUUCAAGUCCCUUCAGUUGAGAGGGGAAAGCUUAGUAAAGUUCGUCUGGGAUCAUUGUCUUUGAAAAAAGAAGGGGAAAGACAAUGUUUUUUAUUUACAAAACACUUUUUAAUUUGUACAAGGAGUUCUGGAGGAAAGCUGCAUCUACUUAAGGCAGGAGGUGUUCUCUCGUUAAUAGAAUGCACACUAAUUGAGGAAACUGAUAUGAAUGAUGAUGAUUUGAAAGGUUCUGGGCAAGUAUUUGGACAUCUUGACUUCAAGAUUGUGGUAGAGCCAGCAGAUGCUCCUCCUUUUACCAUUGUUCUGUUAGCACCUUCACGGCAGGAAAAAGCAGCAUGGACAAGUGACAUUAGUCAGUGUGUCGACAACAUACGGUGCAAUGGUUUAAUGACCAUAGUAUUUGAAGAAAACUCCAAAGUCACUGUGCCACAUAUGAUCAAAUCUGAUGCUCGUCUUCACAAAGAUGACAUUGACAUCUGCUUCAGCAAAACACUAAAUUCCUGCAAAGUGCCCCAGAUUCGUUAUGCCAGCGUGGAACGUCUUUUGGAGAGAUUAACAGAUUUGCGAUUUCUCAGUAUUGAUUUUCUUAAUACAUUCCUACAUACUUAUCGCAUAUUUACUACUGCAGCAGUUGUACUGGAGAAGCUAUCAGAUAUAUACAAAAGGCCUUUCACUUCAAUCCCUGUUAGAUCUUUGGAAUUAUUUUUUGCUACUAAUCAGAACAACAGAGAACACUCGGCUGAUGCAAAGUCACCACAUCUCUGCCGCAAAUUAUCUUCCCCUCCACCUCUGUCCCUCUCUAGGACUUCCUCACCUGUCAGAACCAGAAAAUUGUCACUAAGUUCGCCACUAAAUUCAAGAAUCGGGGCUUUCGAUCUAUUUACUUCCUCUCUUGCUAGUAGCCCUACCUCAACAUACAGCCCUGCCACAUCACCGCCACCCACCUCAUCUAAGGUACCACUGGACCUUAGCAAAGGCCCUUCAUCUCCAGAGCAAAGUCCUGGCUUUACAGAUGAAAACUCAGAGAAUCCACGCAUUGAGCUUUGCAACAAACUAAGAAGUAGCAUUCGAAGAGCAGCAGUUCCGGAGUCUGUAUCAGUGGACCACACAAUCCCAGAAAGUGCCUCAACUGUGGAUACUCCUGAGAUCUCUCCAUGUAGAUCUCCUUCAACUCCACGACAUCUACGUUAUCGACAGCCAGGGGUACAGGCGACUGACAACAGUCAUUGUUCCGUUUCUCCUGCUUCUGCUUUUGCUAUUGCCACAGCUGCAGCUGGCCAUGGGAGCCCACCAGGGUUUAAUAACUCUGAACGAACAUGUGAUAAGGAAUUCAUAAUAUGUCGAGCAGCCACUAAUCGUGUCCUGAAUGUCCUUCGCCACUGGGUCUCAAAACAUUCUCAGGAUUUUGAGCUAAACAAUGAACUGAAGAUGAAUGUUCUAAAUCUGCUAGAAGAAGUUUUGAGAGAUCCUGACCUUUUGCCACAAGAAAGAAAAGCUACAGCGAACAUCUUGAGAGCACUCUCUCAGGAGGAUCAAGAUGACACCCAUUUAAAAAUUGAGGAUAUAAUGCAGAUGUUAGAGUGUCCAAAACCAGAGUGCUUUGAAAGUUUAUCGGCUAUGGAACUCGCUGAACAAAUAACUCUCUUAGAUCACAUUGUUUUCAGGAGCAUACCCUAUGAAGAGUUUCUUGGACAGGGCUGGAUGAAAUUGGAUAAAAAUGAAAGAACACCUUAUAUUAUGAAAACCAGCCAAAACUUUAAUGAUAUGAGCAACCUUGUUGCAUCCCAAAUUAUGAAUUAUACUGAUGUUGGCUCACGUGCUAAUGCAAUCGAGAAAUGGGUAGCAGUGGCAGACAUCUGCCGAUGUAUGCACAACUAUAAUGGAGUGCUUGAAAUCACUUCAGCCUUGAAUAGAAGUGCAAUCUACAGAUUGAAGAAAACUUGGGCUAAGGUUUCUAAGCAGACUAAAGCUCUUAUGGAUAAACUUCAGAAGACUGUAUCAUCUGAGGGAAGAUUUAAAAAUCUCAGAGAAACACUCAAGAAUUGUAAUCCCCCUGCAGUGCCAUAUCUUGGGAUGUACUUGACAGACCUGGCAUUUAUUGAAGAAGGCACACCAAACUUUACUGAAGAAGGCCUUGUCAAUUUUUCCAAAAUGCGAAUGAUAUCACAUAUUAUCAGGGAGAUACGUCAGUUCCAACAGACUUCCUAUCGCAUAGAACACCAACAAAAGGUCACUCAGUACUUACUUGACAAGAGUCUCAUCAUAGAUGAAGAUACUUUGUAUGAACUAUCCCUAAAAAUUGAACCUAGGCUGCCUGCCUGAAAAACCAGAAUUGUCCUUCAGCCUACAGAGAACUUUAGUGUAAUGGAAAAAAUUAUGUAUGGUAUUCCCCUACAGAAUGCAAGGGGGGAAAGCUGGGAAGAAUUCAAGUUCCCUUUUCCAUUAAGGGACUCAGAGCCUCACAGAGAUUCCUUUUUGGGCACAGAGAAGCAGUUGCUGGAGAUGAAAGAAAAAAUGCCAGAGAUGUGGAUUAAAUGGCUGUUGCUUUGCAAAGGUAACAUAUCAUGAAAGAGAGAGACUGUGGACCUAAUGAAGACAGAAAUGGCUGUAAUAACCAUACCUAACCAGGCAAUUAUGGGGCAAAGUGAAGAUUAGAUACCAUAUUCCAUUAGACUUCAAUAAAUGAGGAAAUACUGGUGUAAAAAGAGGUUUGUCUACCCUGAUUUGAAUACAACACAGGAUCCACAAUGAGCAUGCAAACAUCUACGUAUUUUGAUCCAAUUGGCAAUUCAUCGUGUCCAUUGUAAACAAUAAGCACUUUAGAAUAAUAUCUUAAUCUGUAGAGACAACAGGAUAAUGUUUAAUAACAUUGUCAAUUGCAUUCACUAAUUAAUCCAUUCAUUUUAAUUGAAAAUGUUUCCUUCAUAAAUACAUUUUGAUAUCUCCUUUUCCCAAAAGGCUGGGGAACAGAGAUGUAGCAUAUUAAAAGCUACCUUGAUAUUGAAAAUAACAUUUUUAUUCUCUAGAGAUAUGAUGAGGUAAUUUAGGAGAAAGAUGAAUUAACAACCUUCUGUGAUUGUUAGAUGCACACACUUAGAUGAGACUUUAAAUUUGAUACUUGAGUUUCAUGGCAAAAAUUGGUCAUAUAGUACAGGUGUGGGGAAUUUGUGCCCUCCAGAUUAUCUAGGUUGCUGGAUUAUUGAUUCCAUCUUCCCUGACUGUUGGUCAUGCUGUCUGAAGGUCAUAGGAGUUGGAGUCCAACAACAUCUGGAAAGCCACAGAUCUCCCACCCCAACUAUAGUAGAUUAAUUGUUUGAAUAUUUUACACUUUGUUUUGGCAGAGACUUGAGCUAGUCUUACAACCUUUAUUAAACUAUAUAUGCCACAACACUGAGUACCCUGUGUGCUCUAGUGCACAUGCAGAGCACUUACAUGAGUAAGCUUCCUCCAUUCACUCUGGAGAUCAGCUCCAAGCAACUAUCCCAAUGUGAGCACUAAACUUCCCCCUCCACUAAAGAACACCUAUCAUUGCAUUAGCACCAAAGUCCUGUGUCCAUAAGGAAUAGAUCAACCAAAGAAAUUAUGUGAAUGAAUCAUAUAUGACUUUGAACUCUUAUUAAAGUCUCAGGUUCUUUAGAAAUGGUUUUUGAGGUUUAGAGUUUGUUGAUCUGUUGGACAAAUUGCACCAAUGCAUUACUACUGUACACCAUGACCACUACCCAUUUCACUGUGAUGUGCAUUAAGUACCAUUGAGCCUUGCGUAAUGGUUAUAUGGAGCUUCUUGCACACACUAGGACUCCAUGGAGUCUUAGACUUCAGUACAGCCAUGACCUUAAUACUUAACUUUGCUGAGGAAGUUAGUCUAUAUAAAUUGCACUCCAACACCAGUAAUUCUGGAGGACAAGAACAGUAAAAAUGUUUAUUUUAAAAUAAGAAUUAAUGUUUUAAAAGCAGUAAUUAAUCCACUUAUUAGAUAAAUGAAAAUACUUGUUUCCCUUUUAAAAAUUCACUAAGGCAGUAAAUUCUCCAUGUGGCAUCUUUAAGGACCAAAAAUAUGGGAUACAAUUCCAGGAAAGCUUUAGGCUCUGUUGAAUUCAAUAGGAAGAAUGUACUGAAAUAUUUGUCAAAUCAGUGUAAUUUCUAAUGAUUUGUGCCCAUUCGUAAUAGUUUUUUUCCCAUGUGCUCCCAGAUGGGAAGUCCUUUUUAAAAAAGAUGUGUGUGGUACUUCCUAUGGUUUCUUGAUGUAGGGCAACCCUCCUGCAAUUGCAUGGAAAGUGAACACAAACAUAUCCUAACAACGUAAUGCAGAUACUAGCACUGUUGAACAACUGGGCUGGAAAAGUGUCCUUACUUUUCCAAUGACUAUCAGCCAGUUGAAAAAAUAGGGCUAAACAUCAUUUACCUCCCUUAAACCCUCUCAGGGAGAUAAGUCUUUUAAAAAAGAUUACCAUCUAGACAUAUAUGAGCUGAUGUUUCUUUACCACACUGUUAAAUCCUAACAAUGGGAAACGGAUCUGCCUAGCUUCUGUUAUGUUUGUGGGGUUUUUUGUGUCAUUAUUUGCACUUUAAUAUAUAUUGUCAGCCCAGGCUAGAGCUGAACAAUACAUUCCAUUUUUGUCUAACACUAUUAACUAACUGUGCAGUAAUAAGUUUCAUAAUUUCUACCUACUAAGGGCCUAUUUUUAUAAAUAAACGCACGACUUGAUGUCAAACAAGUCUUGGAAAAUUCUCAAUAACUAUAUAAAAAAAUCAUAAGUAGAUUCCUGAAGCAUGUUUAAGUAGUUCUGGUUAAUGAAUGUGGUAGACUUUAACAUGAACAAUGUUAUUUAUAAAUGCAUAAUGUUUUACUUUUGUUACAAUUGCUUGUUCUUUUGUUAGUGUUCAACAAGAAAAGCUGACUGCAUCUUGAUGCAUGAUAAACAGAAGCAUGGGUUACUUGGACCAAACAGUUAAUUUACUGCAUAUUCUCAGUAUGUUCACAAUAUAUUUUUGAAAUGCCGUAUGUCAGUGAUUUACAAAAGGCACGCUAAUCUCAAAAGGGAUUACCUUCACACUUGUCUGUAUCCUAUUUUUUCAUUCUGCCUACCCAUCCUCCACCAAAACCUAUACAAUGUAAUAGUUCUUUCUUGGGCAUUAUUUGUGAUGUACAGUGGUUGAUUAUUUAUAACUUCAUUUUAUUGUAUUUCAUUUUGCAAUAUCAGCUUUGUACUUCUGGAGGGCCCUUUGCCCAUCCUGGUAUAUAACUGCAGCAGAAGGUGCAUUUCUCUGUCUUUAUCCUAU